AUGACUGUUUCCGGCAAGAUCGUCGAUGUUGAAGUGAAAUCGAAGUAUUGUAAGUCUUGCGAACAUUGUAAGAAUAAAGUAAGGACCAUUGAAAAUGAAUGGCAGGAAACGCACGCAGAUCAUUGCCAAGCAACCCACGAAGGCUCCUCCCGUAAGAUGGAGGUGGAUGGCGUGAUGGAGAUGUUUGCUUGCUCCGAAUGCUUAUAUACGGAAUCAAAUACGCCAAUUACAUCGGCGAUGGAGACAGCAAAACAUUUAAGGGCGUCGUUGACAGUCAUUCAUAUGAAAAUUUUGAAGAGAAAAAAAAAAGUGCAUCGACCUUGUCCAGAAAAGGAUGGGCACACGGUUGAGAAACCUAAAAAAAAAACAAAAGGUGGAAAAGGAAAACAAAAUAUAUGGGCAACGUUUCACAAACUUUCAACCGACAACCCUCAGCACGACAACUGCUCAGAAUCUUGGUGCGAAUGGAAGGAGGCGAAAGCAGUGGGAUCGUUAGAUACUUUCCAUCAUAAACCAUCAUUAUUGAAAGACGUUUACGCAGCCAUCAAGCCAAUUUAUGAGGAACUAAGCCGAGAUGAGUUGCUGAACCGUUGCUUAGGUGGCUACACACAAAACAGUAACGAAAACUUCAAUGCUACUGUUUGGAAUUUAGCUCCAAAGUCCUAUUCAAGUGGCAAAACAGUCUUAGAUAUAGCCGUAAAUAUAGCAGUGUGUAACUUUAAUGAAGGCUUAACAAGCAUACUAUGGAUUAUGAAGGUACUGGAUGUAUUGGCAGUCUUACAAUUUUUGCCUGGAAACCUACGCUAAGCACAUUGAACACGGCGAGCGCUCUUUGUCAGAUGCAGCAAAGGCGGCACGCUCUAUCAUAAAAUCGUUAAGUAAAGAAAUCGAGGACAAAUAUUUGGACACGGAAGUGUAGCUAUAUGCUCCUGGGAUUGGGGGACCGUCUAGCCGGGUGUCUUAGCCGAUGGAUUUCAUUCGACCGAGGUAAGCAUCACGGAGGCAGGCUGGAACUUGGAUGGGUGACCUAAGACAG